AGUCAGAAUAUCGAAGUGUAACAUACAACAUAAAAUAUGAGCUGUCCGGCAAGGUUAUCGUGCGACCCUGCCCAAGAAGGCGACCAAUUAGGCGAGGAAGCAGGAAUGCUGUAUGGGGAAUAUUUAAUGCUCGACAAGGUCCUGGGAGCUCAAAGGUUGCUCAGCGUGCAAAACAAACAUCCUGUCCACGACGAGCAUUUAUUUAUCGUCACGCAUCAAGCAUAUGAGUUAUGGUUUAAACAAAUAAUAUUCGAAAUGGAUUCAAUAAGAGGAAUAUUCAGCGACGUUUUAGAAGAAUCACAAACACUGGAAAUCCUUAAAAGACUAAAUCGAAUAGUUUUAAUAUUAAAGGUGCUUGUGGAUCAAGUAAUGAUAUUGGAAACCAUGACGCCUCUUGAUUUUAUGGAGUUCCGAAAUUAUCUGUGUCCCGCUUCGGGAUUCCAAAGUUUACAAUUCCGAUUGUUAGAAAACAAACUGGGUGUUAGACAAGAAAACCGAGUAAAAUACAACCAAAACUACACCAAAGUCUUUGGUAAUGAUGAGGGUGCCAUGAAAGCAAUUGAAAGUUCGGAAAGUGAGCCGUCUCUAACAGAUUUAGUUCAAAGUUGGCUGGAAAGAACUCCGGGUUUGGAGAUGGAAGGGUUUAAUUUUUGGGGAAAAUAUCAGGAUGCCGUUGAAGUAUUACUUAAUGAACAAAAACAACUAGCAGAAAAAGAGCCAUGUGAAAACGUAAAACAAUACCAUCUAUCAGAUUUGGAAAAGAGAAGGGAAGUGUACGAGUCCAUUUUCAAACCUGAAGUCCAUCAGGCUUUAAUGGCCCGGGGCGAGCGAAGAUUUACCCAUAAAGCACUACAAGGCGCCAUCAUGAUAACUUUUUACAGAGACGAGCCUAGAUUCAGCCAGCCUCACCAAAUCUUGACGUUACUUAUGGACAUUGAUUCACUUAUUACUAAAUGGAGAUAUAAUCACGUUUUGAUGGUACAAAGAAUGAUUGGAUCUUCCCAACUGGGUACCGGAGGUUCAUCUGGAUACCAAUACUUAAGAUCCACAUUGAGUGAUCGUUACAAAGUGUUCGUGGACCUCUUUAACCUAUCGACAUUCUUGAUACCAAGAAAAUACAUUCCACCUCUAAGUUCUUUCAUGAAAAGUCAUCUUUGUCUAAUUUGGGGAACCAGAGACCAAAACGGCAGUGCCAAUGGAGAAUCCUCCUCCAACACUAACAAAACCGAAUAAAUAUUAAGAUCUUUUAUCUUUUAUUCUAAUUUAAAUAAAAUUGAUUUAAAUUUGAAUGCAAGCAACACCAGCGCCAUCUAUUGAUUCCUCUAGCGGGUAGAACACAAACUACAAGUUUCAAAGGGGCACUGAUAAAUGUCGAUCAUGAUACAACAUGGAACAUGGUGUCGUCUUUAUUUAUGGUAAUGUUUUGGAUUUUAUUAUAAAAUAAAUUUAUGUUCAAACAGUACUCAUUAAAUGUGUUUAAUUGUUAAAAUUGUAUUUUGUUUAAAAAACCACCUCA